CCUGCCCCGAGUGAGCUUAGCUAUAUAUCGUGAUACUUGCAAGCAGCAUCACAUAACUUCGCCAUCACCCGAAGUGACCCAUCACUAAGCAUCAUGAAAGCCUUCGUAGCGUGCAUAGCCCUCGCGUUGGUCGCGUGCGCCAAUGGCGAAGCCCCGGGCGGCUACAACUACAACCGGCCAUCCAGCGGCGGCUUCUCUGGAGGCUUCUCCGGCGGCCUGAGCUCCGGCGGCGGUGGCUACCGCGCCGUCUCCUCCGGCUACCAGACCUCUGAGGGCCAGAACGUCGACGCCCAGCUCCUCGAACAGGUCCGCCAGAUCCUCCUCAAGGAAGAAGCUUCCUCCUCCUCCGGCUCCGGCGGCGGCUACCCCGCGGCCGCUCCUUCCUCCUCGUAUGGUGCUCCCUCGUCCUCCUACGGCGCCCCCUCCACUAGCUACGGCGUGCCCGGAGGCCACAGCCGCGUUGUAGGCAUCAACCUCGAAGGUGUCCGUCAGGCCAUCCAGGUCGCGCAGUUCGAGCAGUCGUCCUCCUCCGGCGGCUACCCCUCCGGCGGCGGCGGCGGCUACCCCGCGGCCCGCCAGCCCUCCGGCAGCUACGGCGCCCCCUUCUAAGCCAAACCCAACCAAAUACGAGUAGGAUCCGAACCAGCGGCUCGACGUUCGGACGGAGUAUUCGGGCGCGCCCACACCACCCCCGGGCCGACUCGAAUGUGUAUACCAAUCGGCCGGCAGCCACGUACAAUGUAGGUGAUGCCGGCCUGGCCGUUGUCUCACCCUCUUCGGUCAACGCUUGCGACUGUGCACGCAUGCGCGGCGGCCGCCAGGCGCCUGCAGGCUCCCGGCCCACGCAGGGGCAGUGGCACGCCGCCGCGCUCGACGCUCUUGUAUAAAGUUUAUCGUUAAGAUUAGCUUAAUUUUCUAUUAAUAAGUUUUUAUUUUUGUUUUUAUUUACAAAAAAAUAAAUACAUUUCGACACCGUA